GUACUCACAGGAAGUCAGGUCGACCCGUCGCCAUCAAAGUCAUCGACAAGACUCGUUUUCCCACCAAACAAGAGACGCAGCUGAGGAAUGAAGUUUCCAUUCUGCAGAAUCUGUCGCACAACGGUGUGGUUCUGUUGGAGGGGAUGUUCGAGACCGUCCAGCAUGUCUUUGUCGUCAUGGAGAAGCUCCACGGAGACAUGCUGGAGAUGAUUCUGUCCAAUGAGAAAGGACGACUCCCUGAACGCAACACUCGCUUCCUGGUCAUCCAGAUCCUUGAGGCCCUGCGUUAUCUGCACUUGAAGCACAUCGCUCACUGUGACCUCAAACCUGAGAACGUUCUCCUGGCCUCAGCGGAGCCCCUCCCUCAGGUGAAGCUGUGCGACUUCGGCUUCGCCCGCAUCAUCAGCGAGAAGUCCUUCCGCCGCACGGUGGUGGGGACGCCGGCCUACCUGGCGCCCGAGGUCAUCAGCAGCAGCGGCUACAACCGCUCGCUGGACAUGUGGUCAGUGGGCGUCAUCAUGUACGUGAGCCUGAGCGGGACGUUCCCCUUCAACGAGGACGAGGACAUCAAACAGCAGAUCACCAACGCCUCCUUCAUGUAUCCACGGCAACCGUGGUCCUCCAUCUCACUGGAGGCUGUGAGUCUCAUCAACAACCUGCUGCGGGUGUCGCUCAGACAGAGGUUCAGUGUGGGCAGAGCUCUGGGACACCCCUGGCUGCAGGACUUCCAGCUGUGGUGCGACCUCCGGGUGUUCGAGCAGAGGAUGGGCUGCAGGUACCUGACGCACCGGGGGGACGAGGAGCGCUGGAUUCGCCACGCCCAGGAGAAAGGCCUGGACUUCCCCUCCCACCUCAGCUUGGAGCCCGAGGACGAGCCUGACACGUGAGGUCAGGACGGGGGUGAAAGGUCAGACGUGUUUUGCUUAGAUCCUGAACUCGUCAGUCAGCAGAGAACCUGAUUGUCCACGUCUCUACAUUUGUUUUGUCUCUUUCUCCUGUUAUUACAAUUUAACACCAUGGAACCGUUAGUGAGCAACAGCGCCCUCUGCAGCCACACACGGUGACUCGUUCUGUUCGAGCUGCUGAUUCACUUGAAGAGAAAUCCAAGAGAAACAAGUCACAGUGAAGAUCUUUAAAAAUAACGACACGGGAAGCUCCUGUUCAGUUAUAUCAUUUUUCUUUUUUAUUCCAAGUUGUGGUGUUUUUAGUUGGACUGUGUGAAAGUGAGUGUUUCGUGGCGUCAGUGAUGAACACAGUGAGUCGAGGAUGAAGGACGGAGGAGAAUGAGGAGAACUCGCGCUGCUUUAAUCAUGGCCGACCCGUCAUUUAAAAAAAGGGACUAAACCCUAUGAGCUCCCUCCCUGACAAAGUUCCGCCACGGUCCCACGUACAGGAUCGAUUCUUCUUAAUUAGUCCGCAACUUUCCUGACGCCCUGUCGUCUCUCUCACUGCUCGACGCCCCUCUGUCUAAGUCCCUCCUCCUCCGCGGAGAGGCGUGUGAUUUCUCUCUGUGGCCGCGGCCCUCUCACUUUUAUAUUCUUUUACCCACAGUGCUUUGCUUCGAGUUGCUCUCUCUCUCUGUUCAUCACUCAGCGCUUCAAAGUUCAGAUUCUCUCAUUCAUCCUCCGCUUGUUCCUGCGCUUCUUAAAGGUUUUUAAGAUCUCCAGGAGGAAGGCGAUAGCUGCUAACGUUCAUGUGUCACUGUGGUGUUUUGAAAUGUUUUGACGUGUUCGUUACGCCCCGGGCCACACUGGCUGCGUGGGCGUCGCGUGUGCGCCGCAGAAUGUCUUUUAUUAUCAGGUUCAAGCUAAACUGAGCCGCGCUGCUCUUCUGGAGUCGGAGUGCACCGCGCUCGGUUCACAGCAACAAUAAAAAUCAUGUGUCAAAUACGCCACCAACAAUUGUAGCACUUCCUGUUCCUGUUUCAAAGUAAAAGCACUCCAGCGUUUUAAGAUUUGUAUUGUUAUUGCAGGACCAGAAGCUGCACAGCUUCAUACCGUAGAGUCCUGCCGUUUACUCCAGUAUAACGCAGUACUUUUAAGAAAACACAGUAGUGAUACCAGUAACCUUAUGUAGCAGCUCCGCAGCAGACGCGCUCCCUGUGUGACGCAGCAGAUCAGCGACGCAGCCGCCACGCGCCGCUCACGCCCUCAGUGUGGCCCGGACUCUAACACCCGACCGUCCUCUGCUGACCGAGACGCUCGGGCUCCUGAUGAUGGGUUUUACAUGAUUUAAGGAAGAGUCUGAGACUCACAGCAUUUCUAAACUUCAACAUAGCAUGCAUCUGCACAAAUACACAACCAACCAA